ACCGGAGCGGAAGUGGAGCCGCCGCCGCCGCCGCCGCCACCGCCGCCGCCGCCGCCGAUUCCGGAGCCGGGGUAGCUGCUGUCGCCGCCGCCACUGCAGCCGCCGCCGGAGGAGUGGGCUUGGGAAGGAAGCGGUCACCGCUCCUUCGCUCCGCUCGCAAGCGUCUUUGCUCCCCUGCAGUCCUCCCACGGGAAUGACCAUGGAUAAAAGUGAGCUGGUACAGAAAGCCAAACUCGCCGAGCAGGCGGAGCGCUACGAUGACAUGGCUGCGGCCAUGAAGGCAGUCACAGAGCAGGGGCACGAGCUCUCCAACGAGGAGAGAAACCUGCUGUCUGUUGCCUACAAGAAUGUGGUCGGUGCCCGUCGUUCUUCCUGGCGUGUCAUCUCCAGCAUCGAACAGAAAACAGAGAGGAAUGAGAAGAAGCAGCAGAUGGGCAAAGAGUAUCGUGAGAAGAUCGAGGCAGAGCUGCAGGACAUCUGCAACGAUGUUCUGGAGCUGUUGGACAAAUACCUUAUUCCCAAUGCUACACAACCAGAAAGUAAGGUGUUCUACUUGAAAAUGAAAGGCGAUUAUUUUAGAUAUCUUUCUGAGGUGGCAUCUGGAGACAAUAAACAAACCACUGUGUCAAACUCCCAGCAGGCUUACCAGGAAGCAUUUGAAAUUAGUAAGAAAGAAAUGCAGCCUACACACCCAAUUCGACUGGGCCUGGCGCUUAACUUCUCCGUCUUUUACUAUGAGAUUCUAAACUCUCCUGAAAAGGCUUGCAGCCUGGCAAAAACGGCAUUUGAUGAAGCGAUUGCUGAAUUGGACACACUGAAUGAAGAGUCUUACAAAGACAGCACCCUGAUCAUGCAGUUGCUUAGGGACAAUCUCACUCUGUGGACGUCGGAAAACCAGGGAGAUGAAGGAGAUGCUGGGGAGGGAGAGAACUAAUGUCUGUUGUGCUUUGUGAUCUCUUCAGUGUCACUCUGUACCCUCCACGUAUAUCCCUUUGUGCGAUAAAAAAAAAAAAAAGAA